AUGAAAGAAACCGUAUCCGCCACCGUACCUAAGGUCAUCAAACAUCUGCAGUUCACAACAUUCAAUGCACAGGAUAUUGUCAAAAUCUCGGAAUUCCAGGUCACACAUCGUGAUUUGUAUACAGCAAGCUCUGAGCGUGCACCGGCGAAGGACGGAAUGUUAGAUCGACGGCUGGGCACGGUGGAGAAAUCUGCAUUCUGUGAGACGUGCGGACUGAACUCAGUCGACUGUGUCGGCCACUACGCGUACAUCAAGCUCGUCGUCCCUGUCUUUCACAUCGGUUACUUCAAGCAUACAAUUGGCGUCCUUCAAUGUAUAUGCAAGACUUGUGCACGAGUGCUUCUCGAAGAAUCUGAGCGCCGUGCGUUUCUCAAGCGCUUCCGCCGUCCCAACCUUGAGAAUGUACAUCGUCUUGCAAUUGUCAAAGCAUUGAACACUGCUGCACGCAAGAAGAUCUAUUGCCCAUUCUGUUCCGCAAUAAAUGGCGUUGUAAAAAAGGCAGGGGCGCUGAAGGUCAUCCAUGAUAAAUUUAGAGCAAAGAAGACGGCAGAUGAUUUGGAGAAGUGGAAGGGGACGUUUGCAUCAGCGAUUGCAGCCCAAAAAGAGUUGGGGAUGUACAUUCACAAAACCGUACACGAGGAUCUAAAUCCCCUCAAGGCCUUAGACUUGUUCAAAAGGAUAUCGGAUGAGGAUUGUGAACUCCUUGGCCUACGCCCGGAACACAAUCGACCGGAGGAAUAUAUCUGGCAGUAUAUAUCUGUCCCUCCUGUUUGCAUACGUCCAUCUGUUGCCCAAGACGGUGCCUCAAACGAGGAUGACCUCACUGUCAAGUUGACCGAGAUUGUCUUCACGAACGCCCUUCUCAAGCAAGGUAUCGCGAAGGGUGCGCCUACCGCGCAGUUCAUGGAGCAAUGGGAAUUCUUGCAGCUUUCCGUAGCUAUGUACAUCAACUCGGAAAUGCCCGGCGUCCCUUCACAAAUGGGCCAGAAACCCAUUCGUGGAUUCUGUCAGCGGCUCAAGGGGAAGCAGGGUCGCUUUCGGGGUAAUCUGUCAGGGAAGCGCGUUGACUUCUCCGGUCGCACCGUGAUUUCCCCUGACCCUAACUUGCGUAUCGACGAAGUCGCGGUGCCCGAGCGGAUUGCCAAGAUCCUUACCUACCCAGAGCGCGUUACAAUGUUCAAUAUCGAGAAACUCCGCCAGGCAGUACGGAAUGGGUGCGAUGUCCAUCCGGGCGCGAACUAUGUGACAGCAAGCAACAGCGGUUUCAAAAAAUACCUCAAGUUCGGGAACCGGAAUGCGAUCGCAGAUGGCCUGCGGUAUGGCGACGUUGUUGAGCGACAUAUUGUCGACGGUGACGUGGCACUGUUCAACCGCCAGCCAAGUCUACAUAAGAUCUCCAUCAUGUGUCACAGGGUUAGAGUUCGACCAUGGCGGACGUUCCGCCUCAACGAGUGCGUAUGUGGACCAUACAACGCCGACUUCGACGGAGAUGAGAUGAACCUGCAUAUUCCUCAGACGGAAGAAGCUCGCACUGAGGCUCUCGAACUCAUGAGCGUUAAAAAAAACACCGUCACUCCGCGUAAUGGCGAGCCUGUAAUUGCAGCAAUCCAAGAUUUCAUCACAGCUUCAUAUCUCCUCAGCCUACGUGAUAACUUUCUCGAUCGGCGUCAAUUCACACAAAUUUGCUCCUACUUGGCUGACGCUGACCUCCAUAUCGAUAUUCCUCCACCUACCAUCUGGAAGCCGGUGCAGCUAUGGACGGGUAAACAAGUGUUCAACGUGCUCAUGCGGCCAAACAAGCGGUCGAACGUCUUGGUCAACGUCGAAAGCAGGUGCAAGGAGAUGAUCAAGCCAAAUGCAAAAUGCUACUCGAUCAGGAUGCAUACGGUCGCGCCAGAUCUAUCUCCAAAUGACGGCUGGUUGGUUAUUGUCAACAGCGAGAUCAUGUGUGGUGUGGUGGACAAAGCGAUCGUUGGAGGUGGGAAGAAAACGUCGAUGUUCAGUGUCAUCCUGAGAGAUUAUGGGCAUGAAGUGGCCGCAGUGACCAUGAAUCGGCUGGCUAAGCUCUCUGCACGGUGGUUAGCAAAUUUUGGCUUUUCGUUAGGUAUCAACGAUGUCAUCCCCGGUCCCAUUCUUUCCCACAAAAAGGACGAGCUUGUCGAAACUGCAUAUGCAAAAUGUUUGGACUUAAUCACGCUUGCCAAGAUGGGAAAGCUUAACAACAAGCCCGGAUGUAACCAGGAGCAGACUCUCGAGAGCGAGAUCGCGGGAGUACUGAACAAGGUUCGUGACGAUGUCGCGGCCAUUUGUAUGAAGGAGUUAAGCCGACACAAUGCGCCACUAAUCAUGGCAACAUGCGGCUCGAAAGGCUCCACCGUCAACGUUUGUCAGAUGGUCUCAUGCGUCGGGCAACAAAUUAUCUCCGGUCAGCGCAUUCCUGAUGGAUUUCAGGACCGCACCCUUCCGCACUUUCCGAAGAAGUCGCGAGAGCCGCCAUCCAAGGGGUUCGUUCGCAAUUCAUUCUACUCGGGCCUCUCCCCGACAGAGUUCUUCCACCACGCUAUGACUGGACGCGAUGGCCUUACUGACACUGCGGUGAAGACAGCGGAAACAGGGUAUAUGCAACGACGGCUGAUGAAGGCCAUGGAAGACCUGACAACGUACUAUGAUCUGUCAGUGAGGAAUGCGGUUGGAGGCGUGGUGCAGUUUACAUUUGGCGGCGAUGGGUUGGAUCCAGCAUGUUUGGAGGGCGAUUCGCAGCCAAUUGAUUUUGUGCGAGCGUGGAAACACGCCGGAGCUACUACUUCACGCUCAGCGCGUGGCUUGCUUCCGUACGAGAUCAUGGAAAUCGUGGACCAAGAACUUUCGCAGCCGAAGUUCCUACGCGAUUGCACGGCGGUCUACAUUGCAACUAUCCGCAACUUUAUUCAAGAUCAUGUUAUUCAGCCCCUGGUUGAUGCACGAAGGAGCCGCGGAAUGUUCGAGGCUCUGGAGCGCAACAGCGAGUGGGAUGAGGACACCGACUUGUCGAUAGGCGCGUCAGACGUAGAUGAAGCCUUUGUUGACAAGAUAUCCAGGAUUACGCAGGAGCAACUGACGACAUUUCUCUAUAUGGCUUGGAUAAAGUACACCAAAGCAAAAAUCGAGCCUGGAUCCACCGUUGGCGCUGUUGGCGCUCAGUCUAUCGGCGAGCCUGGCACUCAGAUGACGCUCAAGACGUUCCAUUUUGCUGGCGUCGCAACCAUGAAUGUCACACUCGGCGUACCACGAAUAAAAGAGAUCAUCAAUGCGGCCAAGAUUAUCAGCACACCUAUCAUCAGCUGUAAGCUCGUCACAGCGGACUCGGAGGCUUCGGCUCGGAUCGUGAAGGGAAGAUUAGAAAAGACGCUUCUGGGAGAUGUUGCAGCAGUGAUAGAAGAGGCUUGGGCACCUGAGUACAUGUACAUUGGUGUCCUCAUUGACAUGGAAAGCGUGCAGAAGCUCCAGCUUGAAUUGACUCUUGACGAUGUCAAGUGGGCGAUCGUUGCCUCCCGGAAGCUCAAGAUUAAGCAAGAGAGUAUAACUAUUCUCCCUCUUCGAAAUCGUCUCAGAAUAUACAUCGACGGGCUCGAUAAAUAUUACCGCAUGUGCGAAAUCAAACGAGCUCUACCCAGCAUUGUAGUAAAGGGUGUUGCUACGAUCUCGCGUGCGGUUAUCAAUAAGAUCGAGCGUGACAACGAGCGCGGCAAGAAGGGCAACAACGAGCUACUCGUCGAGGGAUGUGGCUUGAAGAAGGUCAUGGUGACUGAAGGCAUUGUUGGAGAACAGGUGACGACCAAUCAUGUGAUUGAGGCCGCACAGGUUCUAGGUAUCGAAUCCGCGCGACAAACAAUUAUCGACGAGAUCCAGUUCACGAUGCAGUCGCAUGGGAUGAGCAUCGAUCCUCGGCAUGUCAUGCUGCUUGGAGAUAUCAUGACCUAUAAGGGCGAAGUACUGGGCAUCACCCGCUUCGGUGUGGCGAAAAUGAAGGACAGCGUCCUGAUGCUCUCGUCGUUUGAGAAGACGACGGACCACCUGUUUGAUGCGUCAGCAUGUAGCAAGAUGGACAGUAUCGCCGGUGUGUCUGAAAGCAUCAUCAUGGGAAACCCAGCUGCCAAUUGCGGGACGUCCAUGCCUGCGUUGAUUUCUCCCGCCCCGGCGCUGAGCAAGCCGCGGAAGCUGUUAUUCGAAAGUUCUCUUUGAUAUCUAUGCUUUUUUUUGUCUUCAAUCUUGGUAAAUGAAUGUAUAUCAGGCCGAUUCCUUAAUU